CAGGAAUCGAAAACACUUGCAGAGAAUUCAGUUUUUUUGGUAAUUAAUUAAUAUUUUUUACAAAGCUCUCAGAAGACUGAUGAUAUGACGGCGGCGUAACAGAGUUUGAAAUUCAAUCAACUAUAGUUUAUAUAGCCGUUGAUUGCAAACGAGCUUGAAAGCGUCGUUUGAAGAUCGCCGGAACACGAGUCAAACUGGGUUUGAGUUUUGGUGAUCGAGUUUCCGCAGAGGUUGGUUACAUGUGCGAGCUGAAGGUGGCGAAUCCAAGAGACACAGAUGAGUUUGCUAGAUUUCCGGCUGGGUUUGAUGUGGGAGAUACAGAUGAAGGGUUUUCUCAGGCACCACCUGCACCUUCGGUAACACAGCACGAAGGGAUUGUAUUACAGGGAUACUCGGGACCAAUGUUUUCAGGUUACAGCCGUGCAAGAGAAAUGUCAGCCAUGGUUUCAGCUCUGACUCAUGUUGUUUCUGGAGAGAGGAGUGGUGGGGAAUGGGCUUAUCAACCAGAUUUUAGUGGCUCUGUGGCGUCAACCAUUGCUUCUGGUGCGACUACUUAUGCUUCUGGUUCGCCUUCUUCCUCUUAUACUUCUUCUUCUUCAAUGAGCGGUGGAGGACAGAAGAGAGGGCGUGAUGAGGAGAGUACUGGUCAGUUGCCUGAAUCCGUUUUGAGGAUGUACAGAGGCUUUGGUGAAUUCAGGACAUCAUUAGGAGAGUCAUCAUCUGUUUUGCCGGUUAAACAAGAAGGUUCGAGCAUUAUAAGCACCACAACUGUAGGGACUCCAUCAACCACCACCACCACCGCCGCCGCCAGAGAUGAAACCACGUCCCAAGGAGAAGUAGGAGAGAGGAGGAGAAGAUACAGAGGGGUGAGGCAGAGGCCUUGGGGGAAAUGGGCAGCAGAAAUAAGAGACCCACAUAAAGCUGCCAGAGUUUGGUUAGGCACAUUUGAUACUGCUGAAGCUGCAGCCCGAGCUUACGAUGAAGCUGCUCUGAGAUUCAGAGGAAAUAGAGCGAAGCUUAACUUUCCAGAAAACGUUAGGCUCAGUCAAUCUUUAUCCAAUCCUGCCGCGACCCAGUUAACAAUUUCCCAUUCUCCGGCUACCCUUCUCCCGGUUCCUCAGAUUUCUGAGCCAUUCAUGCCACCUCAAACCCAGCAGCAGCUACAGAGCUCCGAUAUUGCGAGGGAUUAUUACGAAUACUCUCAAUUACUUCAGAGUUCCGGGGAAUUUCAAAGACAACCCACAAGUUUACUAGAGCAGAUGUUUUAUUCUUCUUCUUUGGCAGCUUCUCUACGACCAUCUUCUUCUUCUUCUUCUUCUUCCCCCCUUGCCUCCUCCGUUUCCUCUUCAAUGUUAUCUAAUCCAUUUCCUCUAUUUUACACGGAUCAACAGAUGGAAUAUCUGAGACAAAUGGAUACUCGUGGACAAGGUAACACUUCUGGCGGUGGGUCAGAGUUCCCGACGCCAUCCUGGACGGAUUCCGGUCACUAUCCGUCUUCUUCCUCUAGUUAAUUUUAUUUUCUUUCCUAUGAUUGUUUUCCUGCUUUGACUCCUAUUUGUUUCUGUGUUGCUUGUUUAAGGCUAUAAUGUAUUCUAUAGAUUUGUAAAAGGUCUAUUUUAUUCGAUUGAGCCAUCCAUGUAA